AAAGGAUUCUACUUGUUACGCUGUGCUCAGAACAGCUCGAAGCGGCCGGUCUGCCGAAACAAUAAUAAAAACAUUAGCAGACGACACCCACGGCCUCCGAACACAUCCGAGAGACACUGUAAACACGGCAAUAACAAUAACGGCACAUUUUAGUCGAAGAGUACGUUCUUUUGUGUCUUCUAUCACAAUUUGCUGUUGUGCUAUCGCGUCCAAAGUCAUUCUAACGUUGAGCAGGUAAAACGUUUUUCACCAAAUGCGCACCUGCAGCUCGUUUUUGGCAAGAGACGAUUCUCUAACAGUUUUUACUCUUCGUGCACACUUACGAGGCGAUCUAUUAUACUUUGUUAGUGCAUGAGUGUUCUUCUGUGCGUGGUCCGGAUCUACCCCCGCGACCGAGGUUGGAUCUGUCCGGGGGUUGCAAUCAGGAACACAAUUGAUAAAACGGUCGUACUCUUUGUAUGGCCGCUGUGGAAGCGACGAGUUCUUGAAGCAUUUCUAUUUUCGGAGACACUUCCUAGCAUUUUAUACCGUGUGAGUCUGUUCGGUAACAGUGAUCACAUUGUGAUAUAGAGUGGAUUUCGAGUAUACCACGUAUAAACAGCCAUCAUGUUUCAUAACGGUGAACGGGGCUUUAUUGACUUUCGGGCCGAUCAGCGCCGGCCACCGGGACCACAACGUAAUGAUGCGUUUAGUAGAGAGAGCGAAUCUCCAGCAAAACCUGAAGUACCGAGUAGCCUCAGCGAGGCAAUGAAGCGUGCCGAAAUGAUGGUUGCCCGUAUAGAGACUCGUUAUGAACGAAGCAGAUCUCAGGCCCGACGAGAUCGCCGUUCCCGGAGUCGUUCCCGAUCACGAGCACGUAGUCCAGCUCAUCGCGGGGGUAGUUACCGGGCGCGAGACAAAUCUCGAGGCCGUUCUCGAAGUCGACGACGCUCGCCUAGAGGUCGUACACCCAUUGAUAACAGAAGUGAACACCCCCGUCAUCGGUCAAAAUCUUCUGGCCGUCACGGGAGAUCAGACUCGCUUGGACGCCACAUGGCUGAAAGGGGCCGUUCGCCAGGACCGUAUCGCCGAAAUGGUCGGGUUUCACGGUUUGACCAACCUGAUGAACAUCGGCCACGUUCGCGCAGCAGAUCGGGACGUUCACCAACGAGAAGGCGAACUCCGCCAAGGAUGUCGCCAUUUAAAGAGGGCCGAUCACCACUGGAGCCGAAUCCCAGAGAUGCGUUUCCCCCAGGAGCUUUAUCCCGCUUUAAAGCGCCACUAUCCCCGAAACGUGAUUCUCUCAGUCCGACUCCCUUGAUUGGAGAGCCAAAUAAAGCUUCUAACAAACGCGCCGACCCCAAGUCACAAUCGGCGCCUGCUGAGGAUCUCUACGAAGGGAUCUCCAAUGACUCUAUGAGUGAAGAGACGUCGAGGAAGUUCCUUAGUGCAGCUUUCCGACCCAUCGAACCCGCGCGUCACGGCAAAGACAAUGCGCCUUUGCGGAGGCCACAGCUGGAUAGUCCAGUGAACUCGAUUUUCCCCGAUGUGCCACCAUUGGAUCAGCGAUUGGGAAGCGCUAAUCGUUCACUAGCCGUUCGCGAAGGGUCUCCUUCACGCAACGUUAUCGACCGUCUUGACGGUUCGGAUCAUGGUGGCCUCAGACACGACGGACCUGGUCAUGUUCCUUUGUCAGGUCCGCUCGAUGAACCGCGUUCAGCAGGUGAAGAACGGUAUCUCGAACUUCUGAGGUUACGCGAAAAGCUUCGCCAAGCAGAAGAAAACAAUGCUGUCAAUGUGGCUUCGAAAAGAACACUUGCUGGCGGCGUGCAUCGUGUAGGGGGUGACAAAUUUCUAGCGGGAAGUGGCCGAGAGGACUUAACUCGAAUCGAACGUCGGGACACGGGAAGAGGCUGGGAACCCUUAGAAUCGGGGGACCCGAUCGAUCAUAGCAGACGACUUUCUCCGGCAUCUCCGUCGUUCGUUGAUGAUCGACUUUUGGAGCGGAGAAAUCACUGGCGAGCUCUCGAUGACAACACUUCGACAAACAGACAGCCGGGUCCACCAUCGGUCCGUUCAAAUAUCUCGGGUGUAUAUGGCCGUUUGACACCGCCUCUUGGAGAUGGCGGUGCUUCGCGAUUGCCUUUUCCAUCAUCGGCUGGUCUUCCUGGUCUUGAUGGUGCUCACCGAGAAGCAUCAGUUCGGAUUCCCGGCCUCUCAUCAUUCGAAGACGACGACUUCUACGGCAUUGGCCAGCAACAGCGAAUGUCGCCUGUCAAGCGAGCGCCUGUGCCGGGAGCAAUGCUUAACGAUGGAAAUUCGCAAGCGACAAGUAGUAGUUUACAAAGCAUUCGUAGUGAAGGUUUGGCGCGCGGUCCUUCAGCUCGAGAUCACGAAGAAUGGCUGGUCCGAGAAAAAGAGAUCGAUGAUUUGAAACGCCAGCUCCGCGAAAAAGAAGAAAAUCGAUAUGCGCGGCAUAAAACGCCUUCCGUCAAGGAUAUGCACCCAAGCCGGCCACUUUCGUCAAGAUCAAAUCAGGGCUUUGAUGAGACAUCAUUCCGGCCAAUAGCUCAUUCUGCAAUCUCCAGGAGAGAAGUAGAACCGCAUUCAUCUGGCCGUCGGCCUAUGAGUCCUAUUAUGAGACGGUCUCCUGGCGAAAGAAGGCCUCUCGUCGAGCGACGAUCCCCUGUCGAAAGGCGGUCUCCUGGCGAGCGGAGAUCGCCACGCCGGGGAACACGGUCGCCGAAUUUACGCUCGAAACGCUCGCAUAGUCCAGACUUUCGGCGGCGCUCCAGGAGCCCCUACUCAAGACGUUCACCAGUCGCUCGAAGAUCUCCCAUGGACGAUAGAGCGUUAGAUAGAGACGCGUACGUUAGAGCCAUGGCUGAUUAUCAUCCACCUCAUCCUCAGGCACAGCGUGAUAUACCAGGGCAUUCUGCAAUCGGAACUGCUUCUUUACUGGCACAGGCUUACCAAGGCUCUUCGUACGUGCCUGUAGUGGAAUCCACAAUACCUGCUGCUGCUGCCCCCGCGCCACAAACCACUGGUUAUGGAGGAGCACUCGCUGGAGCACUUUCCAGUGGAACACAUCCAAGUGCGGCACUUGCCGUCACUGCUAAUUAUUAUGGCCAACCCCAAGCGCCUCAACCACAUUCGUAUUACGCGCCAUAUGAAAGGGAGGCGUCGUAUAUUACUGAUCCCCAUAGUGGAUAUCCACCUGCUGUUGCGGGAACCCAUGGGUCAAUCGAUGUUCCUCUGCGAAACUCCAUUGCUGGCUCUACAAACACGAUGGCUGCUUCAGCUCCUUUGGCUGAUUCCGUAAAGCUCCACCAGGCAUCGGGAGAAAGACCAAAUCUGCGUACAUUAACAGGUGGUAGUCAUGGUAAGAAGAGUAGGCGGAAAGUCAAAGAGAUACUUCCAGAGGCAUUAUCUAUAAAUCCUCCGGCAUUCGCUGAGGUGGACGUUGGACUGCAACCUAUUGACAUGGAUCUAGAAGACCAAGAUGAGGUCGCUGAAGCGCAGGGACCCAAAGAAGAACAAGCCCCCAUUAAUAGUCGCCCAGAGGAGAAAUACGCCCAGGAAAUUGAAUCCUACCUUCGGCUCACAAAUGAGAAGGACGCAGAAAAGGAGCGUUUAUCCGUUUUGAAACAGGAGAUGGCCCGAAUUAGUAAGCUACAAGCAGAUUUGCUACGGCUUCGCAAGGGGUCGCCCGAUGACGCUCAAGUGGGUCGACAACUGGCUAACACGGGCAAGCUUUACGAGGAAGCUAAGAAAAAGGCUACCGGUGUAGGAAAGCAAAUUGAUGCGCUUGGCCAAGAAAUCUUCAAGAUUCCACAAAAGAUUAAAUUGCUUGCGAUGGAACACGAGAGCAAGUUUGCUGACAAGCUCGAAGCGAUCAAAAAGGCAAACAAAGAGAAGUCCCAGGCGGCUAGUGGUGGUGGCCAAAAGAAGGAUGUCCGCUUUAAAUAUGUUGAUCGCGGUGAGUUCUUCUGCUCCUACUGUCGGAUGGAAUAUCGGAGUGUUCCCGCAUUUCUUGCGCAUCUCCAUACCGAGCUACACAUAGCGAACUCAAACCAGACUCAGGAGAAGCCUUGGGCCAAUUUAGAAACAACCACGAAAAUUUCGGCGCCUACAGCAGCCACCUGCAAUGUACCUGCUAAAGGCGGACAAUUCAUUAUGGGGAUUACGGGUUUUUACUGCAAGAUUUGCAGAGCCAUCUUCCCCGAUAGUACAACGGCUGAAAAGCACGUUCUCUCCGAAGAGCACAAUAUGAAGUACAAAGAAUACAUCGGAAUGAAUCCGUUUUACGAGCGUCGCGUACAGCUCGAGAAGGAAACUAUCCUGCACAGUAUCGCAAAAGCGACUGCUCCUCGGCAGACAAAGCAGAUCGGUUCUACUGGGAGCGCCGGCUGUUCCAGUAAUAGCGGCAAGUCAAAAUCUUCUAAUAGUUCUAAUUUUAAUGAGGUCAGUGAAGGUUCUCGACUAUCUAGCAAGCGUUCUCUAAACAACAAUGUCUCACGGGAUAACCGUGAUGUUAAAGCUAGCAGCGGUCACAAAGCUUCAGGAGAUAGAGACUCACCUUUAAAAGGGUCAAGAUCUAUUGGUAGAAGUAAAGCUGAUCAUUUCCCUAUAAAUAAAGCCGGCAGUAGUAAUAGCUCGAGCGAUCACGGGACCACCAGAGACAAAGACCGAACUGUUUCAUUGCAACCCCGGCAAAAAAGGCCACGAACUUCCAGUAAGGACAGUGAUCGUGACAUGAGCUCUGAUGCUCAUGAAAACAGUGAUCAACAGGGCAUCGGCAACAACAACCCUAUAACGGAGAAGUCGCGCUCACCCUCUCCAACGAUUACUUCCACUACUGAGAACAGAGUUCAUCUUCAACAAAUCCAGAAAUCGGGAGGUAUUCGUUUGAAGCUCCUGAAGCCGACCAUCGGAGGUGCUCAGCCCCUAAUGAUUGGCAAAGCUCCCUUUAAACGGAAGCCGUCAAAUAACACUAUAAUAGAACCAGCCAAAGCAGACGCUUCUGGAGGCAGCAGUGGGCCUUCGGCAGAACAAAAUGAACUCUUCCCCUCUGGGACUCCGGCUCCUCCUGGAGAUGACGAACCUGUGCCCGCUGUAGCAAUGGGGCCGUUCAAGCCUCCCAAUCCAGCGGACGAAGGAGAGCCACUCCCCCCCGGAGACACAGCACCCCCACCUGAAACGCCCUACUGGAUGAACAAUCUUUAUACCUCGUGGGAACAACCGGGAGCGGCGCCGUUUAUACCUGAAGAAGAUGAAAAGGAGCCGGAGGAAGAGGAACUUGAAGAAUACUGAUGUCGACAGACGAAAAACUUAUCGUAAGAAAUCCAAUGAUUAAAGAUCAAAGCAACAAAACAAGAAAAUAGUUCGAACGCAUCAAGGGUAGCGCGUUUGUAUGCGUAUGUAUGUUUUUAUGCGUUUCUAUGGACACGUAAUGAGGAGACUGAACAGCUAAAGUCUUUGAAGUCAAAAGGUUACUUGUUCCUUGACGCGUCUACCAAAUGGCACAUCGGGAUGAAGUGCUCUGGAGCGCGUAGGACGCUCACAAACCCAAAUUUAAUUAUUCAGCGCGAAAUAUAUACAUUUUAUUAUAAAAUCAACGUUGGUGAAAAGAUAAUUGAAGGCAACUAAACGAAAAAAGGAUUUCACUGACCGAAGCAUUUCAGAAGAUCAGCUCGAGCAGAGAAGCGUUACUUGCCAAAAAAGAGGAGGUAAAUUUUAUUCAACAUCGCAUGGAUACCUCCGCCGUUUCCUGCAUCAAAAAUCAUCAAACAAUCGUGAAAAAAAGUGACAUGCUUCACAUCACAAAAAAAAUUCAAGCGAAUUCAGAACCGCGUAAGGUUUGUUGAACAACAAAUCUGAGCAAAAGUCAGUGGUACAU